GGUGAUGACACGGGUAUAGAACAAGGUUAAAACAUUUCCACUGACGUACAAUCGUCGCAAUAUUCCGCAAUAAACAAAAAAAUGCUGAAAGUUACGUCGCCCAAUCUGUCAAUUGACACCAGUAUUCACCCUGCAUUGAGCCCUCAAAAGUGAUCAAAACAAAUCCCCUAGGAUAUUUCAGAAGAGAACAUGAAGAAUCCCCGCACUUUAAACUAACAAAUAUCUCAAUCAGUUCACUCGCUCGUAAAAUGCACGAACCUCUGCUGUUUUGCACGGACCGUCAGCCAGUAAAUAUCAGGUUAGAAGAGGUCUCAGUCAUUACCAAAGCCCCAUCAUCAUGAUCCAGAGCCUCUGAAUCCCGCGAACAGCCAACGAUCUGACAUCUGGAAACCCCCGAGACAAUAGUAUGAACCUGCAAUGGCACCUUCUUCUGGUAUUUCUCGUCUCUACGAUAAUCCCCACCUCCCAGGAUCAUCAUCAUGACACAUCGAGCCUUUGCAACUCCACCACAGGUGUCCCAUCGACCCUGAAAAUUCAGUUUACCUCGAAAAUAGUCGAGAACGAGUACAUUGUGGCAUUCAAGGGCUACUACAAGCGAACUACUCGUCAGAGUUAUAUUGGAGCUGCUCUCAACUCGUCUGGGAUCAGCAACUGGAGGAUUUUAUCGAGGGAGAAUCCAGCGAGCGAUUAUCCGAGUGACUUUGACGUGGUACUGCUGGAGGAAAAUGAUAAGCAGAAUGGAUUGACUGCUCUGAGUGAUCAUCCCUUGGUGAGGAGGGUGACACCUCAGAGGCUGGUCCAGAGGACUUUGAAGUACGUUAAGAGCAGUGAGGAUGGCCCAGAGGGGGCUCAGGGUUCAGAUGCAGCUCAGGAUGACCCAGAGGCAGCCGAGGAUGGGCCAGAGACAGCUCAGGAUGGCCCAGACACCCCUGAAUACCAGAAUUUCAAAAGAAAGAUCUCGAGCUUCAACUCCAAUCAAUUCUCCUUCCAAGGGAAAUCAGCCAGUCGUCAUUCCUCGAGGAGAUUGUUGAGAGCUAUACCCAGACAAAUUACGACUAUUCUUCAGGCUGAUGCCCUCUGGGGCAUGGGGGUGACUGGUCGAGGGGUCAAGGUCGCGGUGUUCGACACAGGAUUGGCUGCGAGUCACCCGCACUUCAAGAAGAUCAAGGAGAGGAGCAAUUGGACGAAUGAGAAGACUUUGGAUGAUGGGCUCGGGCAUGGCACAUUUGUGGCUGGGGUCAUAGCUUCUGCGUCGAGGGAGUGCCUCGGGUUCGCUCCUGAUGCUGAACUACACGUGUUCAGGGUGUUCACUAAUAAACAGGUGUCCUACACCUCGUGGUUCUUGGACGCCUUCAACUAUGCCAUUCUUUCGAAGGUGACUGUUCUCAAUCUGAGCAUCGGCGGGCCUGAUUUUAUGGACCAUCCCUUCGUGGAUAAGGUCUGGGAGCUGACGGCUAAUGGGGUGAUCAUGGUUUCGGCGAUUGGCAACGAUGGGCCACUCUAUGGGACGCAUAACAAUCCUGCUGAUCAGAUGGAUGUCAUCGGUGUGGGGGGAAUUAACUGGGACGAUCAGAUUGCGAGCUUCUCGUCUCGUGGGAUGACUACUUGGGAGCUGCCCCAUGGGUAUGGGAGGGUCAAGCCAGAUUUGGUGACUUAUGGCUCCGGGGUGAGGGGCUCGGCGUUGAAACACGGGUGCAGACCGCUGUCGGGCACUUCCGUAGCGAGUCCUGUGGUCGCGGGUGCCGUUGCCCUCCUGGCGAGUGGCUUCGUGGGCAAAUCCCCCCACAGCCACGACGAGCACAACGACCCCGACGAUCACCCGAGCAAGAUCAACGAGAGAAUAACCCCCGCGAGUAUGAAACAGGCCCUCCUCAGCUCUGCGAAGCGUCUCCCAGGGGUCGGAAUGUUCGAACAAGGAGCUGGAAAGCUGGAUCUUCGUCGGGCGUUCCACUACCUCAGGACGUACGUCCCCGUCGUGACACUGAAUCCCAGCUACAUCGAUCUGACAGAGUGCCAGUACAUGUGGCCGUACUGCACUCAAGCUGUCUACCACUCAGGGAUGCCCACCAUCGUCAACGUGACGAUAAUAAACGGCCUCGGAGUGUCUGGAAACGUCUCUGAGGUCGUCUGGCACCCGUACGUCAGCUCUGAGAAUGGAGAUGGGGACAAGAUCGAGGUCGCGUUGACCCACAGUGAUGUUCUGUGGCCGUGGUCUGGGUGGCUGGCUGUUGCUGUCACCGUUCCAAGCUCAGCAGCGAACUGGCAGGGCAUUGCUCAGGGCCACAUCACGAUCACUGUGGAGUCACCGCCUGGGCAUGGGGAGCAUGAGCCCAGGAGAUCGGUUAUUGAUUUACCACUGAAGGCGAGGGUCAUUCCUACUCCACCCAGACACAAGAGGAUCUUGUGGGAUCAGUAUCAUAAUUUGAGGUAUCCCCCUGGUUACUUUCCACGAGACGACCUCCGAGCUAAAAACGAUCCCCUCGAUUGGAAUGGAGACCACAUUCACACGAAUUUUAAGGAGAUGUACCAACACCUGAGGAAUAACGGGUAUUACCUCGAAGUCCUGGGGACUCCCUUCACCUGUUUCAAGGCCAAGUAUUACGGAACACUUCUGAUUGUCGAUGCAGAGGAGGAGUUCUUCCCCGAGGAGAUCAACAAAUUGAAGAGGGACGUGGAGGACGAGGGACUGUCCAUUGUUGUGUUUGCGGAUUGGUACAACGUUACUGUUAUGAAGAAAGUCCAGUUCUACGAUGAGAACACGAAGCAGUGGUGGAUACCAGACACCGGAGGGGCCAAUGUUCCAGCCCUGAAUGAUCUUCUGUACGAGAACUGGGGGGUGGCGUUCGGCGAUUGGGUGGGGGAUGGGCAGUUUAGGCUGGGGGAACAUGCACCGAUUAAUUUCGCCUCGGGGACGAACAUCGCGAAGUUCCCUGAGGGGGGCGUCCUGGUGGCGAUGGAGCUGAGGGACCAGGGGGAGGAGCUGCUCCAGGGGAAGGAGACUGGGAGUGUUGGGAGGGUGCCCAUCAUUGGGCUGCUCCAGACGAAGGGCAGGAGGUUCAAUGAAAUUGAGGGACAGGGAAGCGAUAAUAAUGGAGGAGAGGUGCACUCUUCGGGUGGACCUGGGAGAGUUGUCGUUUAUGGAGAUUCUAAUUGUAUUGAUGAUGCUCAUGCCAAAAAACCCCCAUGCUUCUGGAUGUUGGACGCCUUCCUGGAGUACACAACAACGGGAUACGUUCCAUCAAUCUUCACAAAUGCUCACAGCGAAGAAAAAGUCCCCAAAACCCCAGGGAAACACUUCUCCCAAUUGCCCAAACGAAUGGAGGGAAAUCAUUUGGACCGCCACAGCAAAGUCCUGGAGUCAUCAUCUACGUCAACGGGUGGUCAGCACCUCCGACCACUUCCCAAGUGUCCAGUGUCGACCCCAGCAGUGCCUCACCCACUGAACGAGUCAGCCCCGACGAAUCUCUACAAGCCCCAGAAGCUUCUGUCCAUCGGGGAUUAUCUCCCAGCACCAGUGGCCCACCAAGAGUCCGAGUCUACGUGGUUCAAGCGACGGAAUGGGGGUGGAAAUGGUCAGACAUUCUCGGUCAAUCUCGAACCAAUGGACGAGUCGAGUGAAUUCCACGAGAAGAUCAACCACCGGUGGCUCUACAUGAGCCAGUGGACGUUUAUGCUGGCUGUCAUCGUCAUCUGCGUCAUCCUGAUCUCAAUCCUCAGGAACUGGAUGACGUGCGGGACGAAACGACCCUCGAGGAGGAAACGAACGAUGGGGAAAUUGAGAAGAGUCAUCCAGGCUAUUGCCGUUCAUAGAGUGCCUCAAAUGUAAAAACCAUCGCAUCUUUGUUUCAAUUGUUUCUACUGAAUAAUAGGAUAGUGCUCAUUCAUAGGGGGAUAAUUGAGGGGAUUAAGUAAUUUGAGAGAACAGAUACUAUUGUAAAGUGUUACUAGGGUACCAAUUAACAUAAAUUUUUGUGGAGGUACAGGAGGGAGUCAGUGAUAUCGUGAUUAUGGAGGUCUGUUUAAGGGUAGUUGGGAAUUUUUGUUAUUACCAACCGUCCAAUCCAAAGGACUUACUCAUUCAUCAUUCGAUUGAUUGAAUGGCUAAUAGGGAAAGUAAUGUUUUGAUAAAUUAUCUUUAAUUAAUUAGGGACUAUCUUUACGAUAUUAAAUUCAAGUUUAAAGAAUUUGAAGUUGAAUUAUUUUAAUUGAUUGACUGAUACAUUGAGUAGUUGCAAAUGGAAUUGCAUGCCUUUUAAGUUUGAAGAUAUCUUUAGCCGUUUUGAAAACCUCUUUUGCUCUUCUGAAGGCUUGAUUCUUCGAUUUUCUAACGAGUCGCUCCAUAGAAUUUUUUAGAAAAUUUAACUAAAUUUUGGGGGAAAAUGGCGUAAAAAAUAUCUACUCUUCGUUUCAAUGGUUUCUACUGAAUAAUAGGAUAGUGUUCAUUCAUAGAGGGAUAAUUGAGGGGUUUAAGUAAUUUCAGAGAACAGAUACUAUUGUAAAAAGUGUUACUAGGGUACCAAUUAACAUAAAUUGUUGUGCAGAUACAGGAUGGAGUCAGUUAUAUCGUGAUUAUGGAGGUCUGUUUAAGGGUAGUUGAGAAUUUUUGUUAUUACCAACCGUCCAAUCCAAAGGACUUAUUCAUUCAUCAUUCGAUUGAUUGAAUGGCUAAUAGAGAGAGUAAUGUUUUGAUAAAUUAUCUUUAAUUAAUUAUGGACUAUCUUUACAAUAUUAAAUUCAAGUUUUAAGAG